AUGAAGAUGAACCAAGUUCAUCAGAUGAUGAAGAGCAAUGAAAGUGAAGACCUUCACAAGCAGCGGAAGUAUUUGGUGUUCGAGUCCUCCCUGAUCGCCCUCUUGGCCGUUUGUGUCCUUUGUAAAGGCAGAAGCACUUGCUACCGCUAUGUCAAAGGGACGCUGGUGAAGAUCCAAGCUGUUUGCACUGUUUGUAGGAACAAGCAUCAGUGGUGUAAUCAGCCCUUUGUUAGAAACCUGCCUGUACUAAACGUCCUUCUCAGCUCAGCGAUCCUGUUUACUGGAAGUUUGCCAAGCAAGGCUUUAAGAAUAUUCAGAUUCCUGAAUAUUCAGUGCCACAAUAAGUGGGCAUACUUCCACCACCAGGCCACGUAUAUCCAUGAAGCACUGACAACCACAUGGACAAAGAAGCAGUGUGCUCUUUUGGGGUCCAUUAAGGAGAAGGAACUGGUCCUUGGAGGAGAUGGAAGAUGUGACUCCAUGGGUCACUGUGCCAAGUACGGGAGUUAUAAUUUGAUGGAACUGGAUCUCAACAAGGUGCUAACUGUUCAUCUGGUGCAGAGUAACGAGACUGGGGGAAGCUAUGGAAUGGAACUGGAGCGCCUGAAAAGAUGCCGUCAGGAGUUGGAAGGCUUCAAUGUAAAAGUUGUCAUCACUGACAGGCAUCGCCAGGUGGCGAAAUGGAUCAGGGAGAAUUGGACUCAAGUCAUCCAUUAUUAUUAUUGUUGGCACAUUGUUAAAGGUUAG